GCCCACACCCGCACCCUCUUUGUUUACCGCACGCUCCAUCUGCACGCUCCGUUCAAACUCCAACCGAAUUUCGUCCCGAACGAACGUCCCACAGCUCUCGCUCCUGGAACGUAAAAACGGAGAGAAAUAAAACCAAAACGGACUAGAAAAUAAUCGGAUAGUUACCGUCUGCACCAGUCGAUUUUUGCCUGUUUUCCCCGCACGCGUACACACGCGAAUUGCUGCAGGUUUCGUUUUUCGAGUCGAGUGUGUAAUGUGGUGUAACAUGUGACGUGUCGAGUAGCCUUUUUGGCCAGCGAUAAGGAUGAAAGGCUCCUCGCGGUGGAAUCUGUGAAAGUUACGGCGCUAAAUUUUCUCAACCUUUUUUACCCAUGGAUUGAAGGACAGGCUGGAUACCGAAUUUCGACCAAGAUGGCACCGUCUAACGUGAUAAACACGGCGGCUCGACUUCUGUUCGGGCCCGAAUCGGUGGUUCCUCUUUUCGAUGAGCAGAAAGUUGGCAGACCUAUAACGGAACCGGAAAAGAAAGCACCGGUAAAACCGAACCUGGAACCAACGCCCGUGAUCGAAGAACAAACGGCAAACAACCCAAAGCCGAAGAAAGAAGAUGCAGAUGCCUACAGAGUCAAGAUAGUUUGGAGGAACGUCAUGCUCUUCACCUAUCUCCACCUGGGAGCUAUCUACGGCUUUUACUUGAUUUUCACAUCCGCCAAGAUCCAGACAUCUAUUUUCGGGUUUUUGCUGUAUCAAGCAUCAGCAAUUGGAAUAACAGCGGGGGCCCACAGACUGUGGUCACAUAGAGCAUACAAAGCCAAAUGGCCGUUGAAGCUCAUUUUAAUCAUCCUCAACUCGUUAGCUUUCCAAAACAGCGUGUUUGAAUGGGCGCGGGAUCACCGAGUGCACCACAAGUACAGCGAGACGGACGCGGACCCGCACAACGCCAAGCGGGGCUUCUUCUUCUCCCACGUGGGCUGGCUCCUGUGUCGCAAACACCCGGACGUCAUACAGAAAGGCCGAUGCAUCGAUCUCAAAGAUCUCGAUGACGAGCCCCUCGUCCAAUUCCAAAAAAGGCACUACCUGAAAAUGGUACUUCUAUUCUGUUUCAUCCUCCCCACGGUAGUGCCCGUUUACUGCUGGGGAGAAACGUGGGGCAACGCAUGGUACGUGGCCACAUUAUGGAGGUAUGCGUUCAUCUUGAACGUAACUUGGCUGGUCAAUAGCGCUGCGCAUCUUUGGGGACAACGUCCAUACGACAAAUUCAUCAACCCAGCUGAGAACAUAAGCGUGGCGAUCCUAGCUUUGGGCGAAGGCUGGCACAACUACCACCACGUCUUCCCGUGGGACUACAAGACGGCGGAGCUGGGCAACUACCGGGCCAACCUCACGACCGCCUUCAUCGAUUUCUUCGCCAAGAUCGGCUGGGCCUACGACUUGAAGACGGUUCCCCUGAGUUUGGUCCACAAGAGGGCCAACCGAACGGGCACCCGGAAACACAGCCACGAGGGGGAGGUCUGGGGUUGGGACGACGAGAACAUGCUCAAAGAAGACAAGGAUCACGCAGUCAUUUUCCAGAAGGAUGAGUGAAGAUCUCAAUUAAGGGCCCAAGCAAAGCAUCCGGUCUGUCCCAAGGAGAGAGAAUUCCUGCUCACUCCGUGCGGGCAGAAACAUAAUUUGGGGAUGGCUAAGGGGGCGUUACCCCCUCCCCUGCAUUUUUAAUAUGAUCUUUUUGGGGUGGUUUUAGUCAACUUCCACUAAUUUUAAGGAAUUCUCGAGAUUUUUGGAAGGUUUGCCCCAUCCUUGAAGAAAUUUUAUUCUUCCGAUCUCUUGAUAUUUGGCUGAAAUAUUGCCCCUAUUGUGUACGUUUUUAUUAAUAGCGAUUACUGUAGGGACGAUUCAACAGCAUCCCGAUAUCGGAUCGAAUCCAAAGUAAUAUCAAUGACACACACUUUUUGUGCUAUCCAUGAGAAUGUAUCCAUUCAUAUCGGUUUUUUGUGGCGUAACAUUGAUAUGUUUUUCCUAAUAUCGGCAUCCUAAAGCGAGAUCAAGAUUCUAAAAUGGAGCCACGCCGACCCUCAUAUAAAGAUAGAUUUUUCCAUGCGUGAAGCGCGAGGCACCACUGUUGCGGAUUUUUAUAAUUACGCUGUUGGAGUCCCAUUGGCCUACUAGCCGUCUUAAAAUUACUAAAAAUACCGAAAAAUUAUAGAAAAUUCUAGGAAAAGUUUUCACCGUGGAAUUGUAGCCAGUAGGUACUUCCUUCUAAUUUAGACUACAAUGACUUGGAAUUAUGCUUUCUGAAGGUCUUGAAACUGGAUAUGAGCAUUAGAGUUGAGUAGAAUGAGCUUGAACCAAUCAAUCAUGGUUGGAGGGAAUCCGAUUUUCUUUUGCUGAUCCAGAAAAUUACAACAGCGCUUCCUGGUUAAACACGUAACUGACCUAUUUCAAAAAUCCAUGCACUAUAAACUUUUUUGUGAUUCAUUUGCGUAUUGUGUCAUCUUUUUUAGAUUGGGUGAUCUCCCUGUAAAAUUUUUAUUUUUUAGUGAGUGUGAUCCAGAGACCUUGACGAUAAAAUAAUUGGGUAGGAUCGACCAGAAUCUCUGAGCUGGACCUUCAACCAGAGAGGUCUAAUUUCUUCUCGUAUUGUCUUGUAACUCAUUUUACAAGAAAAUUAAAUAUCAUUCUACCUCCAAACCCUUCGUGAAUUUUCUCUUUAGUAUUUAAAUAUGUAUACUGACAAAAUUUUAAGGUAAAAUGUUCCUUGUUUUCUUGUAAAAAAAAAAAUAAAUGAAUAAAACAUAAAAGAACAUUAAAAAUUGUGCAAUGCAGUUAGACUAAUUCUGGUUAAUGCUGACCAAUUUUUGAAAAUGAUGACCAGACUAUGGAACGUAGAAAAUUUUAUUGUACGUACAAACAAAUUAAUACACGUAGUCCGCCGUCUUUUUUUCAAGUACAAAUUAAGUGCCAGGAAUAACUUAACAGAUUGUAUAUUUUCACCUUGUAAUAAUAUCGCUGAACCAAGAAACUUUCUGAAAAGUAUCAAGCACCAGUUUUGAUCCAUAUCAUUCGAUCUUGGCUUGGCUUCGUGAAAAAAUGGUUAAAGGAUAUGAAAAAUGAAUGUGAAAUAAACCUAAUCACUGUAGGAUAUUAAAAUGUCCUGGGUGUGAUAAAGAGUAACUCGGUAUUCUGAUCGAUCAUUUAUUUCUGUCAAGAUGUACUCAGUGUUUGAUGUUGUCAAGAAAUAUUUUUAUGAAAUUGUUUUCCAAACAUAUAUAGAAUUGAAUGUUGUCAAAUUGUAUUUUAUAUUUUUUGAGAAUAUAUUUUUUGUUUCCCAAUAACA